AACCAAUGACAGAGAUUCGGAUGUCCCCGAACCCGAGAAAUUCACACCCACACUCUUCAUCCACUUGACUCCAAGGACCCGCCUACACGCGUUCAGUCUUUCUCCGUUAUUCCGAUUCAUUUUCCAAUGCAGAUUCAGUGUUUCAAGGAACAUUAUAUGGACCAAUCCGUCUGGUGAUAGCUUCCUUUAUGCCAGUGCUCCUAGUCCUGCUUUAUCCAUGAGCCUCUCCUCUCCAUCAACUCCUGCGCUCCUCCAUGACCAGCACAUUGGAGUCCUCUCGACGAGCCAACGGUGAACUCCUGCAUGCCGACUAAGUCUCCGUUUAGCUUAACCCAAAAGGGCACAACCCUGAACAUCUUAAAACCUCAUCUAUAAAUACUGUACUCUUAGUCAGUUAUACUGGUUCAGAACAGUAGCAGGGGGGAAAAAACGAACACUUGUUUACAGUGCGCGUCACAGACUUUCUCACACCAUGUCGUUCAGCAACACAAAGACGGGCUUCUCUGUAAAGGACCUUCUGGAUCUCCCCGACACCAAUGGAGGUUCUGAAACGGAGCAGACUGAAGAUGAGAACGAGGUGGAAACGACUGAGACUUUGACGCAAAAUCCAUCUUCUGAAGACACUGGAAAUGUGCCUUACAAGAAGAGCCUUUUGUGUGAUGGUGGUGGUAAUCCCUACUCAAGAUGGCUUGCCUCCUCCAGCACCAUCCAGUAUUCAUUGCAUGGUUUGUCAGUUGAUUCUCGAAACGAACCGAAAUAUCCAGAGCUGUCCGCCGACGAAUCCCAAGAUAUCGACAGAGACGCCACAGGUGACAGCAGCGACUCGGGAAAGAAGAGGAAAAGGAGAGUGCUGUUUUCCAAAGCUCAAACCUACGAACUUGAGCGACGAUUCCGACAACAGAGAUAUCUCUCCGCGCCGGAGAGGGAGCGCCUUGCGAAUGCACUACUACUGACACCGACCCAGGUGAAGAUCUGGUUCCAGAAUCACCGGUAUAAAAUGAAGAGAGCACGCGCUGAGAAGGGGAUGGAGAUGGUUCAUCUCGUGUCCCCAAGACGGGUGGCCAUUCCGGUGUUGGUUCGGGAUGGAAAGCCAUGUGACACUAACAAAACUCAGGAUCUUGAGGCCUCGUUCAGGGCUGGAAUACCUCUGUCGGCGUAUAGCGCCUAUUCUCUCCAUCACAUGCAUAUGCGCUCUCACUACAGCCCCGACGCCAUCUCACAGCUGCCCAGUGUGCAUCAUAUGGCGCAAAUGUACCAAUGGACUUGGUAGACGAUGGAUACUCCAAAUAACUUUGAUUCGACAAAAAUACAAUCGAAAGAAAGGGAUUGAUAUUAUGAUCUAUAUUUUACCCACAUCAGAGCUGAUGGGUCUGGACAAUGUUAGGGUUCUUGAAAUUCCGUUCUUUUUAUAAUGUUUGCCAAAUGAAUGUUAUAAAGGAAUGUUAUUUCUGUUGUAAAGUACGCAAAAUGCUCAUAUUAUUAAUUAAUUUAUGUUUUUGGGUGGACUGUGGAUUGAUCUUGAAUAUUUAUGGCCGUGAAUAAACCUCUGUCAGUUUGAUGUGGUUAUUAUUCAUGGCUUAACCUACAUUAAAUGACUUUUAUGCCGGCCCAGAAAGGGAAAUCGAACAGAAACUUGGAUAUACAUGUUUCGUUAUUCGUAAAAAUGGUUACAUACAUAAAUGCCAUUAUGUACAGAACUAGAUGAAAACGAGUUCCCUUUUAAAGUAGAAGAUCGAGCAAAACCUGUUUAAAUGACUUCCUGUAUCUAAUUCGGUUCAGGGUUUUACGUUGGAUCACAAAGCAAAAAUGGAAACAAACAACUCUGAAGAGAAUAUCUUGCAAACACAGUCUGGACAAUUUCGUUCAUAUCAAAAGUAAAAAGGGAUUUUACGAGUCAUGCAAAGGGCUCCAACAAAUAUAACUUUUUUUUGUGAUGUUUUCCUUACAUUUCCUUAAUUGAAAAGCAUGCAUGGCUUAUUACAGUACACCAAAUGACCAAUUAAGCUAGAUUUUUUCUUCUUCUCAGUUCUCAUGAACAAUAUUUGCUAAAACAACAAAUUAAUUAUAGUCAAUAUAAACCAAUUUAAAAAAAUGUCUCACUCUGUUUUUCACAGAGCAGCAUUGCUUAUCAAUUCACAAAGAACCCCCAAAAUAUAGAAUUGAGUGCAGCUGUGGAUCUUUAGGGGUUUGCACAUGCAGAAUGGAACAGAGAGGGGAUGUUGUGGCAGUGGUGGAUGGAGAGCUGUGGACGUUUUUGUUUCUAUUCAGCUGUCAGUUGGGUCAGCUCAUCUCAGAGUACGGAUGAGGAGUUAGUAUCUCUGAGGUUUUGUAAAGGCUGUCACUUGGCUCUUUUGUGACCCUUGUUGGACACGUUGUAUUCCAUAUGGGCAGCUGGCCUCGUGAAGGGGAUCGCUAAUAAAACGCAACUUGUUCUGCUUUCAAACAUACCAUUGUUUCCUCCCAAUGGGGAAAAAAAUAAUUACAAAUUCAUGCGGUAUCCUUUCUGAGCGAAGACACCCCAUUCACAUAUUAAAACAGGGAGCUCUUAUCCUAAGGUUUUUCUGUGCAAACCCUCGCGCCUUCUCUCCAUUUCUCACUCGUUCGCCCGCUCUAUUUCUCUCUCUCUAAAUAUUUGAAAGCAGUUUUCCAAAUACUUUGCUCCCAAAAAAUAUCUGUACUCACUCUAGUCAUCUAAAACACGUGUUAGUAUCAGUGGAUACCUGUUCUCACCGUGUACUUCCAGCAAAUGUUAAAGUGAUAAAUAAUAAAUUAUAGCGCAUAAACUAUAAAGUUACUCGCAUUCCUUAUUGGGUCAAUCAGCAAUUGAGCGUCAAACAACUUUCUCACCACAAGAUGACAGUAUAUACCUUGAUGAAGAAGGAUCUGUAUUAUAGCCACUGUGUAUACUGGACAGCCCAAAACACCUCCCAGUUCCAAUAUCACAAGUAUUUUCUAAUUUAAGCAGUUUAUAACUUAUUUAUUUUGCAUUGAGCAUCGUAGACAAAUAUUUUUAUGUUCAGUUAGUGUUACAAGGCAGGUGUAGGUAUUUAAUCAAUGAGAUUAUUUGAAUAGAAAAUGUGUCAUGUCUAUUUAAAUCCUAUCAUGUUUAGAGGUUAAGAGUUUGAAUAUUAAUUGAUUCAUGGCAUAGACAAAUAAUGGUUCAACUAGAGUGUCUCUCAUUUUGCUCAACAAUCACCUUAUUCAGUCCAGAACAGGCAGCAAGGGCACGUGGGACAGCCGUGACGUGAGUGGUUUGUCCACAGAGGGGAGCAGUCGGGCAACGAAAGUUAUUGGAUGAGAACAAG